AUGGAUGAGAGCAAACCCCUCAAGAUCCGGCUGACUUUCUCCAUCAUCUUGGUCGGCGUUUCCCUGCUCUUCGCCGCCGUGGUGACCGACCACUGGGCCGUGCUGAGCCCCAAGGUGGAGACGUACAAUGCCACGUGCGAAGCGGCGCACUUCGGCCUCUGGCGCCUCUGCACCAAGCGCAUUUAUGUGCAGGAGCAAAGCGCCAAGGAGAAGGGCUGCGGGCCCAUCAGCCUUCCGGGAGAAAGCAACUGCUCCUACUUUAAGCACUUCACUCCAGGAGAGAGCUCCGAGAUAUUUGAAGUAACCACCCAGAAAGAAUACAGCAUUUCAGCUGCAGCCAUUGCCAUCUUUAGCGUUGGCUUUGCCAUCAUCGGCACAAUCUGCAUCCUCUUCUCCUUCAGGAAAAAGAGUGACUAUCUGCUGAAACCAGCUUCCAUGUUCUACACCUUUGCAGGUCUCUGUAUCAUCAUCUCUGUUGAAGUCAUGAGACAAUCUGUGAAAAGGAUGAUUGACAGUGAGGAGACAGUCUGGAUUGAGUACAGUUACUCGUGGUCUUUCGCCUGUGCCUGUGCCUCCUUCAUCCUGCUCUUCAUCUGUGGAAUUAUUCUCCUCCUCAUCGCCUUGCCUCGCUUCCCCCAGAACCCCUGGGAGACCUGUAUGGAUGCAGAACCAGAGCACUAA